GUAGACCCUCCGGCAGGGCACUGACGGGCAUCUAGACCCGGAGUUCGGGUCCAAUCCCACCUGGUCUAGGGAGGCGAAAUCAUCCCGCCCUGGCGCACUCGCCCUUUUUCGGCGUGCAGCCGUCUAGCCACGCUCAGACCUCGGCCUCGGCGCGCGUUCCUCCCACGCAUAGCGCUCUGAGCUGCGCCUCGGCCGGAGGUGGCGCUCUGCGAGUCCCGCGGAUCCCGACGCCGGAGGCUCAGAACCCGGGGACCCUCACCGGUGCCUCCUUUUUCUUCCAACCCCUCGACUUCACAGCUCAGAGCGUGGCCCUGCCUUUGGCGCGGGAAUAGGGGUCUGGGGGGCGCGGGGUCCCAGGGUGGGGAUGAGACGGGCUGCAGCCCCUUCCCCCGACCUGGGCUCGUUCCCAAGUGGAAAUGUGGGUGGAGGGUCCUCAUUCAGAAGCCCCGGGCUUCGGAUCCUGGGCGGGGGCGCGUGGCGGCCGCCAGGAGCCCGGCUGGAGCGCCCGCCCCGCGGCCUCGCCUCCCCGCCGAGCCGCCAGCGCCUCGGGACGCGAUGAGGACCUGGGCUUGCCUGCUGCUCCUCGGCUGCGGAUACCUCGCCCAUGCUCUGGCCGAGGUGGGAAGCCGAGAUCCCCGCGAGGUGAUCGAGAGGCUGGCGCACAGUCAGAUCCACAGCAUCCGGGACCUCCAGCGACUCCUGGAGAUAGACUCCGGAAUGAGGAUGCUUUGGACACCAGCUUGAGAGCUCACGGGGUCCACGCCACCAAGCAUGCACCUGAGAAGCGGCCCCUGCCCAUUCGAAGGAAGAGAAGUAUCGAGGAAGCUGUUCCCGCUGUUUGCAAGACCAGGACAGUCAUUUAUGAGAUUCCUCGAAGCCAGGUUGACCCCACGUCCGCCAACUUCCUGAUCUGGCCCCCGUGUGUGGAGGUGAAGCGUUGCACCGGCUGCUGCAACACCAGCAGCGUCAAGUGUCAGCCCUCCCGCGUCCACCACCGCAGCGUUAAGGUGGCCAAGGUGGAAUACAUCAGGAAGAAGCCAAAAUUAAAAGAAGUCCAGGUGAGGUUAGAGGAGCAUUUGGAGUGCGCCUGUGCAACCACCAGCCUGAAUCCGGAUUAUCGGGAAGAGGACACAGGAAGGCCUAGGGAGUCAGGUAAAAAGCGGAAAAGAAAAAGGUUAAAACCCACCUAAAGCAGCCAACCAGAUGUGAGGUGAGGAUGAGCCACGGCCCUUUCCUGGGACAUGGAUGUACAUGGCGUGUUACAUUCCUGAACCUACUAUGUACGGUGCUUUAUUGCCAGUGUGCAGUCUUUGUUCUCCUCCGUGAAAAACUGUGUCCGAGAACACUCUGGAGAACAAAGAGACAGCGCACAUUUGUUUAAUGUGACAUCAAAGCAAGUAUUGUAGCACUCGGCGAAGCAGUAAGAAGCUUCCUUGUCAAAGAGAGAGAGAGAGAGAAAAAAAACAAAACCAGAAAACAUGACAAAAACAAAACGGACUCACAAAAAUAUCUAAACUCGACAGGAUGGAGGGUCGCUCCCGCAGGAUGGAAGUGCAGAGGUCUCAGCAGACUGGAUUUCUGUCCGGGUGGUCACAGGUGCUUUUCUGCCGAGGAUGCAGAGCCUGCUUCGGGAAUGACUCCAGAGGGAUGCUGGCGGGCUCUGCAGGGGCACACAGAAAGCAGGAAUGUCUUGGAAACCGCCACGCGAACUUUAGAAACCACACCUCUUCGCUGUAGUAUUUAAGCCCAUACAGAAACCUUCCUGAGAGCCUUAAGUGGAUUUUUUUUUUACACCAUAAAGUGAUUAUUAAGCUUUCCUUUUUACUCUUUGCCUAGCUUUUUUUUUUUUUAAUCUCUUGGAUGACAUUUACACCGAUAACACACAGGCUGCUGUAACUGUCAGGACAGUGCGACGGUAUUUUUCCUAGCAAGAUGCAAACUAAUGAGAUGUAUUAAAAUAAACAUGGUAUACCUACCUAUGCAUCAUUUCCUAAA